ACGACCGCGGCAGAAGCAGUCGCGCUGUAAAUGGCUACCUCCAUGUCCUAUAUGUGGGACUCAAAAGAUUAUUCGACAAGAAUAACGUCGAUUUGCUGAAAUCAUUGAGAUUAAAGUCAUAUCAUAUAUUACGACGUAUACCAGUUUGGUAUCAGCUAUCACGUCCUCCCAAAUGAAGGACGGCAAAGAGAACUCUAACUCCACCUCUGGAAGUUUUGCCACAAAUCUGGAUCACAUAAAGCCAUGCUGGUACUGGGAUAAAAAGGAUCUAGCCCACACCCCGUCCCAGUCCGACGGCCUUGACCCGGCCACAGAAGCCCGGUACAGGCGAGAGGGGGCCAGGUUCAUAUUUGAUGUCGGAACUCGUCUUGGGCUACAUUAUGAUACAUUGGCGACUGGAAUAACAUAUUUUCAUCGGUUUUACAUGUUUCAUUCUUUUAAACAGUUUCCAAGAUACGUUACUGGGGCUUGCUGUCUUUUCUUGGCUGGAAAAGUUGAAGAAACCCCUAAGAAGUGUAAGGACAUCAUUAAAACGGCUCGCAGUCUGCUCAACGAUGUGCAGUUUGCCCAGUUUGGAGAUGAUCCAAAGGAGGAGGUCAUGGUCUUGGAAAGAAUUUUGCUGCAGACAAUCAAGUUCGAUUUACAAGUGGAGCACCCGUAUCAGUUUCUGCUGCGCUACGCUAAACAACUGAAAGGUGAUAAGAACAAAGUGCAGAAGCUUGUGCAGAUGGCUUGGACUUUUGUCAAUGACAGCAGUCUCUGCACAAUGCUGUCGCUACAAUGGGAGCCAGAGAUCAUAGCAGUGGCGGUCAUGUACCUUGCCGGUCGUCUGUGUAAGUUUGACAUCCAGGAGUGGACGUCUAAGCAGUCGUCCCGCCGGUGGUGGGAGCAGUUUGUACAGGACGUGCCGGUUGAGCUGCUGGAGGAUAUCUGCCACCAGAUCCUGGACUUGUACUCUCAGGGUAAACAGCCGAUACCCCAGCAGCCUCAAAUUCCGGAGAAAGAGAAGCCGCCGCCACCGCCUCCUGCGGCCCCACCCAGCCAGUCGGCUGGGCAGAACCCACCCGUUCAAACUCCCUCCAAGAAAAACUCCCCCCAGGCCAGCCCACCCGCCAAGAUUAAACGGCAACACGUUUCACCUAAGGAAGAACCUAAAGCUCCAGCAGAGCAAGUUGGGUGUAAGAUACCACGGUUGGAGAGUCCCAUGCCUCCUCCACCUGCUUCCCAACCGCCAGAUCGCAAGGCUCCAUCUGCCAUCCCAGCACCGCCUGCUGAAGCAGAACCGGCCACGUCUGCUGAAAUGGACCCUGCGCAGGGGCCGGCUCCUCCUCUGCCACACGGGGCCCCGCCUCCUUUACCUCACCGCCCGCCUCCCCCACCCCCUUCCAGCUAUAUCAUGGGAAUGUCCACGUCCAGUUCGUACAUGUCAGGGGAAGGAUAUCAGAGCCUGCAGUCUAUGAUGAAGACCGAAGGGCCCUCGUAUGCGCCCAUGCCCCCUUCUUACGGUCUGCCGUACCACCCACACGUCUACCCACAUCAAAACCCUCCGCCUCCAGGUCCUCCACCUCCAACCACAUACCCCCCUCCCAACCUGCCUCCGCCCACCCCAUCAUACCCUCCUCCUGGAUACAACCCCAGCUACCCGCCUCCACGCAUGCCACCGGGUCACACUGUGCCGCCUCCCGUUAUGGGUUUGCCGCCCGCCGGGUACCCGCCUCCUCCUGGGCAACCUCAGGUGCCCCUGCCGCCCCACGGCAUGCCACCAGUGGCAGGAAUGAACAGAGGAGCUUGGAUGAGAUGAGAUUUAAUGCAGUCACAGUCCUCCGCUCGCUCAAACACCCUGAGGAUUAAGGCUCAUAAUAUAUGUGCCUGACAAACCGUUUGGACAACAACUCACCGUCUGUAUCGACUGCAGAUAUCACAGGAAGGUACAGACUGUGCUUGAAUUGGAGCAUCAAGUAGUCCACAGAUUUCUGCUUUGGUUCAGGGUUUCCCCGUUCUGUAGAUUUUCUCUGGAAUUUAAGGAAUAGUUCUCUCAGAAAUCCCUCAUGUUGUUUCAAACUCUCUCUGUAGCACACAAACGGAGAACUUUGAAGAGUCGGCUCUGUACAACAGCUCUUUAUAGUGAGUAUGUCUGUCAAGCUUUGAAAAACAAAAGCAGAAGACAUCUCAGUGUUUGUAGCGAGACACGGAAGAACGAAUGUCAUUCAACGCUGUGGACUUUCAGAUGAUUUCAAAUAUAACACGUGAGCCGCGCUUAUGGAGCUUUGCGGAGCACAAUGAACGGUUGCUGUAUGGAAAAAAUCUUUGCAAAGAUCUUUCAAAAUAUUUGUUAAACAGCACGUGGGAUUGUGACAACAUGAGGGACAGUGUAGUUUUAAUUUUCAAGUGAACUAUUUCUUUAAAUUAUUCUUGUUAUUCACAUCACCACUUACAUUCCAAUUUACUCUAUGAAUGAAUUAUGAAUUUUUGGUUGUACAAACUAGUUUAUUCUAUUUUUCCUUAAUGUAAGACUUCUCUUUUGCUUUUGAGUUGCUGUGUUGCAGAAUUGUAUGUAUUUUCUUAUCAAGAUGGGGGGAAAAAACACAUCGUCAUUAGCAAUCCGUGUAUUCAGAUGCGUUUCUAGCACCUUUGACUGAUGUAAGGGUCGGGUGGGUCCAUUCAUGGUUCAAAACAGUUUCACAGUUUUUCUAUAUGUGCCUUAGUUUGUUUAGCAGUUGAUUGGCAGGUUACAGCCCCACCCUCAUGUGUUCUUUAGGCUGUUAAUAAAGUCAUUUUCCUCCUG